GAUCGUGAACGGAAGUGGACGUGUUGUUACGAGGAUAUGUCUGCCAUAAAUCAUUUAACAGAAGCCAAAGUAAAUAAUGGCAUAUUGCACAGGCGAAGCGGUAACAGCAGCGGUAAGUGCAGCACAACUAACAACAAAUGUUGGAAAUUAGCUUAUAAAGCUAAGGGACAUCUUUGCAACAAUGACGACGACUUUUAUCAAUUAAAAUCAGUUUAUCAUCAAAAACAAAAUCAACAGCGUCAUUACUCUAGUCCGUCCCUUAGUGCUACUAGAAGUAACACAUAUUGCUCAUCAUCAUCAUCAUCAUCAUCAUUGUCGUCGUCUAUUUUCUGCUUUAUUUAUUCGUCGCAGAGUGUAUGCCUAUGGUGUUUUACAUUUUUAUCAUUGGUGUGUUUAUUAAUGAUGCAUAACGCCUCAGCUGAGCCUCAGGGAUGCAUUCUCUGUGAAAAAAGUGAUUUGAAAGGAAAAGAUCCUCAAACCAAUUAUGAAGAAUUUCGUUUUGAGCAUCAAGUCACACGUCAAGAUGCCAUUAAUGCGUUGCGCCGAUUGAAUGACAGCUUUUAUGAAGGUCCAGAAGUGGGUAAUUCGUGUAAUGCUGUACGCUGUACAUCAAAACUGAUGAAAUAUUGCUUAAGUUCGCAAUUUAUUAACGAUCAUUGUCUAUGCGAAUUAGGACAUAACUUGGAAGGUCUACCCUAUGUCCCGCACAUAUGCUACGUUGGUGAAAAAGCGUACACCGCCUCAGUGGGAUCUUGUUUCAUUUAUGAAGAAGUUAAAGAUUGCUGUUGUGCUCCCGCUUUGGCCACACAAUGGCGGCAUAUAUCAGCUGCUUGCGGCAUAUAUAAAUCUUGGAUGCAUUGUUACUAUAUUGCCUUGCUUGGCUGUUCAUUAUGGGCGUUAAAUAAUUGGAGAAAUUUAUUAAAUUAACAUCCUUUCGUAUAUGUGUUAUGUUUUUUUUUUUAAUUGUAAUUAAUUUAUUAAAAGAAUAAAACUUAAAUGCAAAUAUCAGCCAAAUAUCAUUUAUAAGCCGCUAAGGUAUACAUACGUAUGAUAUAAAUGAUUUUUGAAAUAUUUUCAAAAAAAAAAAAAAGCAUAAAAUUCUCAAUAUAUUUUACUUUAGCACAGCACAACAUGUCAAAAACGCCAUUUUCAUUUAAUACGAUAAACAGUAAAAUAUUAGAGACUAGGAGCUUGAGUUUUAUGUGAGAGCAAAAGUCACAAAAAAGUAAAUAAAAAUGUAUUCAAAUCGUACAAAUAUCGAUUUUAUUAUUACUAUAAUUAUUAUUAUUACUUUUGACUUAUGAUGUUCAAUCAAAGUAAAGGAAUGAAUGCGUAUUUACUUAAAUACUAUAUCCAAAUGUGCUAUAAUAACUGUAUAAGUGUAGUUAAAAAUUAAAUUUAAAUGCUUUUAUUAGCAUAUAUUGUAUUAAUUCGUGCAACCAUACCGUUACACUUGUAAUACUUUUUAGUAAAUUAUAAAAAAUUAAUAAA